CGUAAACAUGGAUACAAAAAGUGACAUACAAAAUUUUUUCCGCGACCAAACAAUUUUCAUUACUGGUGGUACAGGUUUUAUCGGAAAGGUUUUAAUAGAAAAAUUAUUACGAGCUUGUUAUGACCUUAAAAGGAUUUAUGUUCUUAUCAGACCAAAAAAAACACAAUCUUCGGAAAAAAGGUUUCAAAAACUUUUUGAUAUGAUUUGUUUUGAGCGAAUGAAAGAGAUUCGACCAAACUUUCACGAAAAAAUAGAAAUGAUUCAAGGUGAUUGUUCCAAACUAGAAUUAGGUUUAUCAAGCCGAGUUCGCGAAAUUUUGAAAAACGAAAUUACAAUUAUCAUAAGUGCAGCAGCAGAUGUAAGAUUUGAUCAAAAUCUGAGACAUGCGGUUAACAGUAAUAUAAGAAAUAUCAAAGAGACUUUGGACUUGGCAAAAGAAGUUUUGAAUUUAAAAGCAAUGAUUUAUGUUUCUACGGCAUUUUCAAAUCCUAUGUACGACCGUAUUUCUGAAAAAUUUUACGAACCUCCUAUUAAUGCAGAAAACUUAUUUCAUCUUGUUGAGUCACUAAACGACGAAACGUUGAAAGUUUUAGAGCAAAGUAUUUUGCAGAAAUGGCCCAACGUUUACACUUUUAGUAAAAGUGUAGCAGAAGAUCUUAUUAAAAGAGAAGGAGAAGCUUUGCCACUAGCUAUAAUAAGACCCUCCAUCGUUGUUUCUUCGAUUGAAGAACCUAUGAUUGGAUGGACUGACAAUUUGUACGGAAUAACAGGUCAGACAAUGGGAAUACUUCUGGGUGCUAUUAGGAGUAUUUAUUAUAUAAAAAAAUAUCCAGUGCAUUGUGUUCCUUGCGAUUACGUAGUAAAUUCUUUGCUGGCAGCAACUUGGAAUUUAUCUAACCAAAAGUAAGUACGUUUAAGAAGUCAUAGAAAACUAAAGAAAUACAAUUUUAGGUCUAUAAAUAAUUCAAUGCAAAUUUACAACUGUGUUCCCGACGACUACAUCUUCAAUGAUGACUUAGUACACUACGUAGAAAAAGCAAAAUGGUUAUAUCCAAUGAGUAACAUGUUUUAUUUUCCCAGUUGUGUGUACACACAAUGCUAUUACUAUCACAAGCUACGAAUUUUCAUUUUCCAAGUAUUACUUCCGCGUAUUGUUGAUGGCGUUUUAAUUUGUUUAAAGCGGAGACCAGUGAUGGUUAAAUUAUUUGGUCAAAUCAAUAAAUUUCUGGAAUUAACGAAUUAUUUUCGCACGACUUUAUUCCAAUUUGAAAAUAAAAAUCUAAAACAAUUGUGGCAGUACAUGUCUGAAAAGGAUAAAGAAUUGUUUAAUUUUGAUUUCAGUGGUAUCAACUGGGAAGUGUACAUGGUGGAGUCCGUAAAAUGGAGCCAACACUUUGUUUUUAAAGAAGCACUCAAUGACAUGCCCAAAAGAAAACGCAGAUUAAUGUUUUUCGCAUUAACUCAUUAUGUCAUAACAGCUUUGAUUACUAUUCUAAUAUGUCAUUUGUUUUACACUUUUUUGCGGCAUAAUUUGAAUAAAAAAAGUUAUAUUAAACCAAAAUCUGAUGUUUUAUAUCUUACGUGCUCAAACAUGGAAAGUGAAAUACAGAACUUUUUUCGCGAUCAGACAAUUUUUAUCACCGGAGGUACCGGAUUUAUCGGAAAAGUUUUAAUCGAAAAAUUACUACGAGUAUGUUACGACUUAAAAACCAUUUAUAUUGUUGUUAGGCCAAAAAAAGGGAGUUCACCAAAGGAGAGAUUUAAAAAGCUUUUCGACUUUGUUUGUUUUGAGAAAUUGAAAACAAUGCGACCAAAUUUUUUCGAAAAAGUUCAACUGAUUGAAGGAGACUGCACGAAACCGAAUUUGGGUUUAUCGCAACACAUUCGCGAUAUUUUAAAAAACGAAGUCACAGUUCUUGUAAGUGCGGCAGCUGAUGUGCGAUUUGACCAAAAACUACGGGAUGCUGUUACCAGCAAUGUCAAAAGUGUGUACGAGACUUUAAACCUGGCUAAAGAAAUAAUCAACUUAAAGGCAUUUAUUUAUGUGUCAACGGCGUACUCAAAUCCUUCUCCAGACUGUAUUUAUGAAAAAUUUUACGAACCUGUGAUCCAAGCCGAAACGUUGUUUCGCCUUGUUGACAGUCUCAAUGACGAAACGCUUGAAAUUUUGACACCAGAAUUAUUAAAAAACAAGUGGCCAAAUGUUUACACGUUUAGUAAAAGUAUUGCUGAAGACCUUGUUAAAAGACACGGAGAAGGGUUACCAUUAGCUAUAAUAAGACCUGGAAUCAUCAUGUCAUCAGUUAAGGAACCUCUCGUUGGUUGGAUUGAUAACCUCUAUGGGAUUGUAGGUCUAGGAGCAGGAAUAAUUUUAGGUGCUAUUAGGAGUGUAUAUUACAUAAAGUCAACUCCUGUUCAUACGGUGCCUUGCGACUACGUGGUGAAUUGUUUAUUAGCAGCGAUUUUUCAUUUGUCUGAUCAAAAAUUGAAUGGAAAAAAAUCUAUUCUAAUUUAUAAUUUUGUUCCAGAAGAACCUAUAACAGCCAAAUGUUUUGGUGAUGUCCUAGAAAAAACAAAAUGGAAAUCACCAUCUGGUAAAAUGUUUUGGUUUCCAAGCUGCUCAUAUACUGAAAAUUAUUAUUACCAUAAGUUACAUAUUUUUAUUUUUCAUAUUCUUCUGCCGUACAUCAUUGAUGUUAUUUUGUGGAUUUUGGGAAGAAAACCGAUAGCUACUCGAGAAUACAGAAAAAUCAACAAAUUUUUGGAAGUAAUAUCAUACUUCUGUUGUACACGAUUUCAAUUCCAUAGUCAAAAUGUUAAAAACUUGUGGCAGAACUUGAGUAAAAUUGAUCAAGACUUGUUCACUUUUAAUUUGGACAAUGUUGAGUGGGACUUGUACUUAUAUAACUCAAUAAAACACGGACGUGUGUAUCUUUUUAAAGAAUCAUUAGAGGAUAAGUCUACAAACAAAAGGAAAAUGAUGUUUUUUGCUUUUCUGCAUUAUACGUUUACUGCUUUUGUUUAUUACUUUAUUUUAAAAAUUUUUUAUAAUGUGUUUUCGAUGUUUUUAUAAACGAGAAUAAUAUAAUAAUGUU